AUGGAUAUUCCAAUGUUGGUGUCUAAGUGGACACCAUUGGUGGAAGAGGCACAACCAGCGCUGCGAUCUGUGUCACUUUGGGUGACGCUGAAGAAUGUGCCUUCAACAAUGUUCACGGAGAAAGGGUUGGAGUUUUUGUUUAGUGCGGUCGGGAAGCCGAUUCGUCUGCAUCCCACGACAGAAUCCUGUACUAAGUUUGAUGAAGCAAAAAUGUUGGUCGAAGCGGAUUUAACUCGCGAGUUGCCAAGAGAGUAUGUUUUUAUGGGUGAGGAGGAUAGAGAGUUAGAAUCAACUGUUCAAUACUCAUACCCUUGGUUGCCUCCACGGUGUACUGGGUGCAGUAAAUGGGGACAUCUGAGCUCGACUUGUCUUGUUACCGAGACAACGGUUGGCCAAAGGUCCUCUCCGUCGGUAGUAGCAGAGAGUGAAACAGCGAAAGAAACAAUGGUACCUCCUACUGAAGCACUGACUGUACCAGUUGAUCUUUCUAACGAGGUCUCGGUCUCCGGCACAGCUGGAGCAUUGGCUAAGGGCCCUGCUGUGGAGGAGAAGGAUGCGUGGAUAAUACCUAGAACUAGUCUUAGUCCAGGGAAGAAACAGGUAGGUCUCCCGUUGGUUCUGCUCACUACUUCGUCUAAUACUUUUGCGGUCUUAGAAGAAGCAGAGGACCCAGAGGAAACAGAGGAUUUGGAAAAAACAGAGGAGAUCGAAGGAAUUGGUACGGCUGGUUCAAAGGGCAAGGUUUCUCCUCCUCUUGUUGAAGACUCUGCACGCGUUUCAAUCUCUUCUACACAGGGAGUCAAGGCUCGAGACAAACCUAGUGAGUCAUCAUUGCGUCCCUCUCUUUCGAGAGACUCAAAAACGGCUCAUAAGGUGAUUCAACAAUCUUCUUCUCAAUCCUUUGGAUGUUUAUUGGAGACUAGAGUGAAAGAAGGAAAAGUGUCGCGGCUGGUGAACAAGGUGUUCAAAGAUUGGUCUUUACUAACUAACUAUGAGCACAAUCACUUGGGGCGCAUUUUGGGUGGUUUGGAGGGGCAAUGUAGAAAGGAGUUGUGGACAGAUUUGAGAGCACACCAUGCUUCUCCGAUUGUUCGUAACAGGCCUUGGCUGGUUCUAGGUGAUUUUAAUGUGACAUUGGAGCUCGAUGAGCAUUCCGGGGUGGAUACUCGACCUGUGUUAUGUCCUGGGAUGCAAGAUUUUCGAUCAGUUGUUAAUGACUGUCGGUUAAAUGAUUUGGCUUACAAUGGUCCACUGUUUACUUGGAGUAAUAAACAGGAUGGUAACUUGAUCUCGAAGAAACUGGAUAGAGUGUUAGUUAAUGCUCACUGGUCUUCUACGUUUGUGCACUCGUACAAUGUAUUUGAAGCAUGUGGGAUCUCUGAUCAUUUGCGGUGUAGAGUUUUGUUGCGUGGAGUUGCAGGAGCAAGUAUUUCCCGACGGCCUUUCGAGUUUGUCAAUGGGAUUGCAGAGAUGGAGGAGUUUAAGCCUCUUGUAAAGGAUUUCUGGGACGAAACUGAGAAUAUUUACUUGUCAACAUCAUCUCUUUACCGUUUUUCAAAGAAGCUCAAGCUGUUAAAGCCGCGUAUCCGUUGUUUAGCAAAGAAGAAGAUGAGUAACUUAUCCAAAAGGACAAAGGAUGCUUUAGAGGAGCUGUGUCUUAAGCAGGAGGCUAAUUUAGCUUCUCCAUCUGAUUUUGCCAUGGAGCAAGAGAAAGAAGCUUACACACGUUGGGACCACGUUUCUGCACUUGAGGAGAAAUUUUUAAAGCAGAGGUCAAAAUUGCAUUGGCUCCAAGUGGGAGAUCGCAACAACAAGGCUUUUCAUAGGGCUGCAGCCGUUCGGGAGGCAGUGAAUACAAUGCGGGAAAUUUCUAUUCCAGCGGAUUAUGAGGGGAUAUCAGUGGAUUGUCUUGAAGACCUGUUGUUGUUCCGUUGUUCAGAAGAGGAUAGUAAUUGGCUCACCAGGGUGGUAAUGGGAAAAGAGAUAAAAAGGAUUUUAUUUGCAAUGCCAAGUGACAAGUCGUCGGGACUGGACGGCUAUACGGUGGAAUUUUUUAGGGCAGCUUGGGAUACUCUUGGGGCUGAAUUGGUUGUAGCGGUGCAGUCCUUUUUUGCUAAAGGUUUUCUCCCAAAAGGACUCAACUCGACAAUAUUAGCACUAAUUCCGAAGAAAAAGGAUGCCAAGGAGAUGCGAGACUAUCGACCAAUCUCAUGUUGUAAUGUUCUUUAUAAAGUCAUCUCGAAAGUUAUUGCCAAUAGACUUAAGCGUAUCUUGCCUAAGUUUAUUGCUGGAAACCAGUCAGCGUUUGUAGCAGAUAGAUUGCUUAUUGAAAAUGUUCUCUUGGCGACUGAGCUUGUUAAGGACUAUCACAAGGACAAUAUCUCGACAAGAUGUGCAAUGAAAGUAGACAUCUCGAAAGCUUUUGACUCCGUCCAGUGGUCAUUCCUGUUUAAUGUUUAA